UUUUGUAAAAUAAGCCGGAAGUGGGAGUUAUGUCAGCGAACGCCGAUGGACUGUGGAUGGUGUUUGGAAAGUCGACAAGGAGUAUAUAUAAUAUGAUACACUCUCCAAGUACUCCCACCAGCAGUAAAGCAAAAAAGCAGCAGCAGCGACAGCAGAAGAAGAUUUCCCAGAAUUACUUACUUUGGUCUCACUCACUCGCCUCUCACAGUCACCACCAAAGAGCCUUAGAAAGAAAAAAGAAAAGAAAAGAAAAAAGGGUUGGAGGAGCGAAUGAAGAAAGGAACGUUCUCUCAUUCUUUACUUGCUCUCGGAGAAACCGAAAGCCAGUUAGUUGCCCCACCCCAGCAACAAAGAAUCUCGCUUUCCCUCUCUCUUUCUGUCUGUAUAGAUAUAUAUAUCUACAGCAAGCAAGACAUAGAUAAAUCCAUGAUCAUUUCUACUUUACUACUACCCUCCACACCCACAACCCCCCUUCAAACAACAAGCAUCAUCGAGAUCAGAGAAAACCUAAAUCACAGAUUGCUAUUUUUUGGAUUUGGAGUUGGAGAUGGCGAGUUCUAGUGGGACCAAGGACGAGGUGGGCCCACCCAAAUCACUGUCGAGGAAGAUGACCAGAGCUCCCACAACGGUGGACCCUACCACCGACGAUAUUCCUGCCGUCGACAGCGAGCUCGUCCCCUCAUCUCUUGCUUCCAUUGCUCCCAUACUCCGUGUUGCCAAUGAGAUCGAGAAGGAAAACCCUAGGGUUGCUUACCUUUGUCGCUUCCAUGCAUUCGAGAAGGCUCAUAAGAUGGAUAAGACAUCAAGUGGACGUGGUGUCCGCCAGUUCAAGACUUAUCUGUUACAUAGACUAGAACAGGAGGAAAUGUCCACAAAACCACAGCUUGCAAAAAAUGAUCCAAGGGAAAUCCAGAAAUACUACCAGAACUUCUAUGAGAAAGAAAUCAAAGAGGGCCAAGAUAAAAAGAAACCGGAGGAGAUGGCUAAGAUUUAUCAGAUUGCGACUGUAUUGUAUGAUGUGCUGAGGACGGUGGUUCCUCCUUUAAAAGUUGAUCCGGAGACACACAAAUAUGCCAAAGAAAUUGAGGAGAAAAGGGAACAAUAUGAACACUAUAACAUUCUUCCCUUGUAUGCUGUUGGGGUUAAACCAGCUAUUAUGGAACUUCCAGAGAUAAAAGCUGCACUUCAAGCUCUACGUAAUGUGGAUAACCUUCCUAAUCUCAGAAUGCUUGAGGACAGUGAUAAAUCUGUCAAUGAUAUUCUUGAGUGGCUUUCUUCUGUCUUUGGGUUUCAGAAAGGAAAUGUAGCAAAUCAGCGGGAGCACUUAAUAUUGCUACUUGCAAAUAUUGGCAUAAGGAAUAGGAACGCUGAUGAUUAUUCAGAGUUGGAUAGUAACACUGUAUUGCUUCUGAAAGAUAAAAUUUUCAAGAAUUACGUCUCCUGGUGUAAUUACUUACACCGUUCAUCCAAUCUGAAGUUUCCGCCGGGUUGGAAUAGGCAACAGAUAGAGCUUAUCUACAUUGGACUUUAUCUUCUUAUUUGGGGUGAAGCUUCAAAUGUUCGAUUUAUGCCUGAAUGCAUUUGCUAUAUUUUCCAUAAUAUGGCGAAUGAAAUUCAUGGAAUUUUAUUUAGCAAUGUGCAUCCUGUCAGUGGAGGGACAUAUCAAACAGAAUCACAUGGUGGAGAAUCAUUUCUGAGAGAUGUUAUAACUCCUAUUUAUGAGGUCAUGCACAAGGAAGUCAGGAGGACAAAAGGGGGCAAAGCAAGCCAUUCAGCAUGGAGAAACUAUGAUGAUUUGAAUGAAUAUUUUUGGUCUAAAAAAUGUUUUAAGUUAGGGUGGCCAAUGGACCGCAAUGCAGAUUUCUUUGUGCACUCAGAUGAGAGAGUUUCUACGAAUGUGGACAGAGAAAGGAGAAAAGAUAGUAGAGAAAAGAAGAUUGCAAAUACAAAGAAAGGACAUAACCAAGUCACUGCUGGAAAAAGGAAGCCGAAGACGAAUUUUGUGGAAGUCCGUACAUUUUGGCACCUGUAUAGAAGUUUUGACCGAAUGUGGAUAUUCUUUAUAUUGGCAUUCCAGGCCAUGGUAAUUGUUGCAUGGAGUCAUUCUGGAUCUCUAACUGCUAUCUUUGAUGAGAAUGUCUUUAAAAGCAUUUUGAGCAUAUUCAUCACUUCUGCUUUUCUCAAUUUUUUGCAAGCUACUCUGGAUAUAGUUCUAAGCUGGAAUGCGUGGAGGAGUUUGAGAUUUACCCAAAUACUCCGUUACCUCCUAAAAUUUGCAUUUGCUGCCGCUUGGGUCGUAGUCCUGCCAAUUGGUUAUUCCAGCUCCGUCCAAAAUCCAACAGGACUAGUGAAAUUUUUCAGUAGUUGGGGAGGGAAUUGGAAGAACCAGUCAUUCUAUAACUACUGUGUUGCAAUUUAUCUGAUACCCAAUAUAUUGGCUGCCUUGCUAUUUCUGCUUCCACCUUUAAGGAAAUCCAUGGAGCGUUCAAACUGGUGUAUUAUUAUUGUUCUUAUGUGGUGGGCUCAGCCAAAGCUGUAUGUUGGAAGAGGCAUGCAUGAGGACAUUUUCUCACUUCUGAAGUAUACAUUAUUUUGGAUCAUGCUGCUUAUAUGCAAGCUAGCAUUCAGCUACUAUGUGGAGAUAUUGCCAUUAGUUCAACCUACAAAGACGAUCAUGGAGAUAAAAGUUAGUAGCUAUGAAUGGCAUGAGUUCUUUCCAAACGUAACUUAUAACAUUGGUGUUGUUAUUGCCAUAUGGGCUCCUAUUGUCCUGGUCUAUUUCAUGGAUACACAAAUAUGGUAUGCCAUAUUCUCUACCAUUUUUGGUGGGAUUUAUGGAGCCUUCAGCCACCUGGGUGAGAUACGGACUCUUGGGAUGCUACGAUCCAGAUUCGAAGCUGUUCCUUCGGCUUUCUGUAAACGUCUUGUGCCAUCACCGGAAGGGGGAACCAAAAGAGAUGAUUCGGUUGAUGCAUCGGAAAGAAGGAAUAUUGCAAAAUUUUCUCAGGUGUGGAAUGAAUUCAUAUAUUCUAUGCGGAUGGAGGACUUGAUCAGCAAUAGAGAGAGAGAUCUGCUUCUUGUACCGUAUUCAUCAAGUGAAGUCUCUGUUGUCCAGUGGCCUCCUUUCUUGCUCGCCAGUAAGAUUCCAAUAGCAUUAGACAUGGCAAAAGAUUUCAAGGGAAAGGACGAUGCUGACUUGUUUAAGAAGAUCAAGAGUGAUGACUAUAUGCAUUCAGCAGUGAUUGAAUGUUACGAGACACUCAAGAAAAUAUUAUCUGGCCUUCUUGAAGAUGAAGGAGAUAGGAGGAUCAUUAUGCAUAUAUGUGAAGAAGUAGAUGAUAGUAUAAAAAAAGAAAAAUUUCUUAAUGAAUUCCAGAUGAGCGGGUUACCUCUGCUCAGUGAUAAAUUGGGGAAGUUCUUAAGCUAUCUGCUAGCUGAUUCCGAAAAUGUUGAGACAUACAAAUCCCAGAUCAUCAAUGUGCUCCAGGAUAUCAUGGAGAUUAUCACUCAGGAUAUUAUGAGCAACGGUCAUGAAAUCCUGGAAAAAGCUCAUGCACACAACCUGAAAGAUGAGCACUCAAAUAAAGAGCAGAAGUUUGAAAAGAUAAACAUUCAACUCGCACAAAAUAGAUUCUGGACAGAGAAGGUUGUUAGGCUUCAUUUGCUUUUGACUGUCAAGGAAUCUGCCAUAAAUGUGCCAAUGAAUUUGGAAGCUCGUCGCCGUAUCACUUUCUUUACAAACUCUUUAUUUAUGAAAAUGCCAAAAGCUCCGAAAGUUCGUAACAUGCUCUCUUUUAGUGUAUUGACUCCAUACUACAAAGAAGAUGUUCUUUAUUCUGAAGAGGAGCUCAACAAGGAAAAUGAGGAUGGAAUAUCAACUUUGUUUUACCUUCAGAAAAUAUAUCCUGAUGAAUGGAAAAACUUCCAAGAUCGAAUACAUGAUCCAAAAUUCUCUGAUGGCAAAGACGUGAUGGAAUCAACUCGCGAGUGGGUAUCUUAUAGAGGGCAGACACUUUCUAGAACAGUGAGAGGGAUGAUGUAUUACAGACAGGCUCUCGAGCUUCAAUGCUUUCUCGAUUUUGGUGGAGAUAGUGCUAUUUUUGAUGGCUACCGGACCAUUGCUAUGAAUAUGGAGGAUCAUAGAGAUUUUACGGAUCGUGCAGGAGCUUUGGCAGAUUUGAAGUUCACCUAUGUUGUUUCUUGUCAGGUCUAUGGUGCUCAAAAGAAAUCCGGUGAUAGUCGUGACCAAAUCUGUUACCAGAACAUUUUGAGUCUCAUGUUAAAGCAUCGAUCUUUACGUGUUGCUUAUAUAGAUGAGAGGGAGGAGAUGGUUAAUGGAAAAUCUGAGAAGUUCUAUUACUCUGUUCUGGUCAAGGGUGGGGAUAAGUUGGACGAGGAAAUAUAUCGUAUCAAGCUUCCAGGUCCUCCAACAGAUAUUGGUGAAGGGAAACCUGAAAAUCAAAAUCAUGCCAUAAUUUUCACUCGUGGAGAAGCCCUGCAGACCAUAGACAUGAAUCAGGAUAAUUACCUUGAGGAAGCUUUCAAAAUGAGAAAUGUAUUGGGGGAAUUUCUGAAGUCUCAUCAUGGACAGCGAAGACCAACAAUAUUGGGACUAAGGGAGCAUAUUUUUACUGGAAGUGUUUCGUCACUUGCUUGGUUCAUGUCCAAUCAGGAGACUAGUUUUGUCACUAUCGGGCAACGAAUUUUGGCAAACCCUCUAAGGGUGCGCUUUCAUUAUGGUCAUCCUGAUAUAUUUGACAGAAUCUUUCACUUAACAAGGGGCGGCUUAAGCAAAGCUUCAAAAAUUAUUAACUUGAGCGAGGACAUAUUCUCAGGUUUUAAUUCAACUCUGCGUGGGGGUUAUGUUACACACCAUGAAUAUGUCCAAGUAGGCAAGGGGCGUGAUGUGGGGAUGAAUCAGAUAUCUCUUUUUGAGGCUAAGGUAGCUAAUGGGAAUGGAGAGCAGACACUUAGCCGUGAUGUUUAUCGGCUUGGACGCCGGUUUGAUUUCUACAGAAUGUUGUCAUUCUACUUUACAACAGUUGGUUUCUACUUUAGUAGCAUGGUUACUGUGCUGAUUGUAUAUGUGUUUUUAUAUGGACGUUCAUAUAUGGUUUUGAGUGGGAUGGAGAGGCGAAUUCUAGAGGAUCAAACCAUUCGUCAGAGCAAGGCCCUUGAAGAGGCUUUGGCUACCCAGUCUGUCUUUCAGCUGGGCUUGUUGCUGGUGCUGCCUAUGGUUAUGGAAAUUGGCCUGGAAAGAGGAUUCCGCACUGCCCUGGGUGAUUUUAUAAUUAUGCAGCUGCAGCUGGCCUCUGUAUUCUUUACAUUCCAGCUUGGAACAAAAGCACAUUAUUAUGGUAGAACUAUUUUGCAUGGAGGUUCUAAAUACCGAGCUACUGGUCGUGGAUUUGUUGUUUUCCAUGCAAAGUUUGCUGACAACUACAGGAUGUACUCACGAAGUCAUUUUGUGAAAGGGUUGGAGCUGGUUAUGCUGUUGGUUAUUUAUGAAGUUUAUGGGGAAUCAUAUCGCAGUUCAAAUCUGUAUUUGUUCAUUACUUUCUCCAUGUGGUUCCUGGUUGCUUCCUGGUUAUUCGCUCCUUUUGUGUUCAAUCCAUCUGGGUUUGAGUGGCAGAAAACAGUGGAUGAUUGGACAGACUGGAAAAGGUGGAUGGGAAACCGUGGUGGUAUCGGUAUUUCACCGGAUAAAAGUUGGGAGUCCUGGUGGGAUGGAGAACAAGAACACCUGAAAAACACAAAUAUAAGGGGUAGAGUCCUGGAGAUCAUCCUCGCAUGUCGCUUCUUCAUUUACCAAUAUGGAAUUGUCUAUCACCUUGAUAUAGCUCAAAACAGCAGGAGUUUGCUGGUUUAUGGACUUUCAUGGUUUGUUAUGGCAACUGUUCUUUUGGUCUUGAAGAUGGUAUCCAUGGGUAGACGAAGAUUUGGCACCGACUUUCAGCUCAUGUUCAGGAUUCUGAAAGCUCUUUUGUUCCUUGGCUUUAUAUCAGUCAUGACUGUCUUAUUUGAAGUGUGUGGGCUUUCAAUAAGCGAUUUAUUUGCUGCGGUCCUUGCCUUCAUGCCCACAGGGUGGACUAUUCUUCUAAUUGGUCAAGCAUGCAGGCCGUGUCUGAAGGGCAUUGGAUUUGGAUUCUGGGAUUCAAUAAUGGAGCUGGGAAGAGCAUACGAAUAUAUAAUGGGACUAAUAAUAUUUAUGCCAAUAGUCAUACUGUCCUGGUUCCCAUUUGUAUCGGAAUUCCAAACUCGACUUCUCUUUAAUCAGGCGUUCAGUAGAGGUCUCCAGAUCUCCAUGAUUCUUGCUGGGAAGAAAGACAAGACAUCAUCAACCUGAAACUUCUUCUUUUAUCUCACUUUCACUUUGCCUUCAUUAAAUUAUUACUCUAGUAUUUUUUUUCUAAGAUCUAUCAACUUUAGUACUGAUGUUUAAUGUGAGAUUUGAACUUGGGAAAUUAAGAGCAAGGUGAUCAAGUACAAGUUUUGUCCCAUGCCUAAUGUUUCUCUCUCACUCUGAGCCCAUAUCUCCUACACACAGAUGAUGUUAUUAAUCCAAACUUCAGGAUGUCUUGUACGUUGCUGUAUUUUACCUCUUAAAUAUACAAAGUUCCAAAGUUUCUCCUCA